AUGAAGAAAGUGACUAUGAAAGCACAGCAUCUACCUUCUGUUUCCAUCAAUGAGGAGAAGUUCAUAACCAGAGAGCAACUCAGUUUGCUUCUGAAGACUUAUAACUCUUACUAUUCUGAUCAAGAAAAUCUGCAACUGUCACAUAGCCAGCGAGAAGGAAGCAAACCAUUUAUUGAAGGAAUCUUGUCAAUAUUUUGGGGCAUUCGACAUCCAAUCCGAUUGAAAAUUCAGGAUGAGAAGCAGAUACCCUCAUUUGUAACCCUGAAGUCUUCUGACAAUGUGGGUUUGUUCCCUAACAAAAGGGGAAUGACACGCUGGGGAGAAUUUGAUGACCUCCAUCACAUUAGCGGGGACACACUGAAAUCUACUGAAGAAAAGGCAAACCUUGAGGAAAGUUAUUCCUGUUACGAAAGCCGCACGCUGAUGCCCAGGAGCCAGCAGGACCAGGACUGCGCCACCCUGCCCCGGGCCAGCAGCACAGCAGCAGCUCUGCGGAGCAGGACCCAGCUCCCAGUGAUCACCAGGACAGAAGUCGAAACUCACAGGUUUUCCAUUAAUGGCCACUUCUAUAAUUAUGAGACAUCGGUUUUUACUCCAGCUUUUGGAUCAGAAACCAAAAUAAGAAUCAACAGCCAGAUGAGAACAAGACAAGUAAUAGAACAAUUGCUUCAGAAGUUUAAGAUAGAAAACAGCCCUCAUGAAUUUGCACUUUAUAUUAUCCAUGCAUCUGGAGAGAAGAAGCAACUGAGGAGUGGGGACAUCCCCUUACUCCACAGACUGCUGCAGGGGCCCUCAGAGAAGAUUGCCAAGUUCUUCCUCAUGGACAGACAUGUGGAGGAGAUCAGCAGUGAUGUUGCUCAGUAUAUUCAGUUCCAUCUUCCCUUUUUGGAAUCGAUUCUGCAUAGAAUAAAUGAAGAAGAACAACAGGAGAUUCGACAGACGGUUGCAAGGUACCUGAGAGAGAAGAGAUUGAUAUGUCAGCACAUUCACAGUCGAACUGCUCGAAGAACGGAGACCACAGUUUGA